UGCAACACCUGCGGCUAUGCAGUAACUAAUAUCGAGGCCUCCUAUGCCAAUGCGCAUAACAGCCUCCAGCCAUGCCAUUGACUUGAGCGAUGCUUGAGCACCUUUCACCGCGGCCGAAAGCGCCAGCGCUAGCUAUAAGGCGCAGAUUCGGGAAGCCGCAUGUGGAUUCUGCAGGCAGAUGGCAGGCUACUGAGGACAAGCUUUGUAAGGUCUUCGUACAUUGCAAGCUGAAGGUGAUGGCACAAGGGUGAAGCGUUUAUGCAGAUAUUGGUAGCACGCGCAAGCGGAGCCAGCAAUCAAUUAUAGAAGGUCUUCU